AUGGACGCUUUCAAGAGUUUUGCUGCUGGCUCAGAAGCAAUGAAGAAACUUAAAAAUAUCACCCUUGGAUCAAUGGGGACUCUCAAGGACAUCGUCUUUAAUCCAGACGCAAGAGAAAGCCUUGAAACAUUUGUUCUGAGCUCAGGGGUAUUUGAGGUUAUCAAGGAUAUUAUGGAUGACCCUAAAGCAAUGGAAGCUUUUGAUGGCGCCGUGAUUGAACAACUGGAUGCUACAAAUUCCUCACUUCCAGCCUCUCAUCAAACCAUGCUAUUUGAUGACGCCGGAACCUAUCUAUACGAGAGAUACAAUUCCACCAAAUUGAUACUUCAUCUCGAGAAAGCUAUUCAAAUAACGCAAAGAGCUAUCGAAAUAUCUCCACUGGAUGACGAGCAUUUGCCUCAGCGACUAUAUGCUCUGAUUACUUACCUAGUCAGCAAGUAUGAACACACGAAAAAUCUAGGUGAUCUCAAUAGCAUUAUUGAUAUCACCAGAGAAUUUAUCAACACUAUCAUGCCGGAUCAUCGAUGUUAUCCUCUAGGCUUUACGCUUCUUGCCAGCCUAUUAAGGUACCGAUUCUCUCAAACAGCGGACGCCACAGAUAUCGAUGAGGCUGUUUAUUUGGGCCAAGAUGCUCUUAAUGCAGCUUUGCUGAAGAAUUCAAGCCGGGCUGAAAACUCAGUUUCGAUAAAUGAUUCUGUAUUGAUUUAUACACAGUGUGGAAAGAAUAUGAAGGCCAAAUAUUCUAUUACAAAAUCAACCAGAGACCUUGAGGAAGCUAUUUACAUGUUUUAUGCAUCUGCCGAGAAUUGCUAUGAAGACAAUUUGCUAUUAGCACAAUGUUUGGAGGACCUUGGAACUUGUCUAGUCAGCAAGGGUUUACUCACUAGGGCACUACCAGAUAUUGACGCAGCCAUUGUGGUGUUGCAAGAGGCUGUUAGAAUUACUCCAACAGAUCAUUCUUCUCGAAGUAAAUUGCUAUGUUACCUGGCAGGACUACAUCACGAUAAAUUUUUGAUUACCGAUGCAACAACAAUUCUCAGCGACGCCAUUUACUGGUGUCGAGAGGCCCUCAAUAACAUCCCGCUAGACGAUCCACUUAGAGACAAUCUUGUCUCAUUUCUUGCAUUUUUUCUGGCGGAGAGAUGCAAUCGUACCUUGGCAUUCGAUGACAUCGAGGAGUCUGUAUCCCUAUUUCGAGAAAUCAUCAACACUGCCGGGUGCUCGGCGGGUCAGUUGCGACGGACUGAUUUCUUGAUGAGAUUUUCGAAGUCGUUGUUUGCCCGCUUUCAAUACACUGGUACAAUAUCAGAUCUUGAUGAAAGUAUUCAGAAUCUUCGAGAUGCUGUUUCUGAAGCCUCGUGUGAUCUUGAGACACGGCCUCUAUGUUUGGCUAACCUUUCAUCUUAUCUACAUCAAAGAUAUGUUAUCUUUAAAGGAAUAUCAGAUCUUGAAGAAUCAAUUCGUUUACAACGAGAAGCCGCGGAAUGUGUCUCGUUAGCCUCUCGUUAUCGCCCUGGUAUUUUGCUCAGCCUUGGAGCUCGUCUAAUGACAAGAUCAAAACGCACUCAUGAGAUAGGAGAUCUCAACGAAGCUAUAGCCAUUUUUCAGAGCAACUUUGAUACCGACUCAAUGGGGAAUAGUCGGAGAGCUGCGCUUGCAUCUCUUGCAUCGGCCCUAGACGAUAGAUAUCUGUACUCCGGAGAAAUCGCAGAUCUUACAGAAGCUAUACUUGUGUCACGAGAGGCUGUUAGGGUUUCCUCUGGACUUUCGAAGCAAAUGGAUAAUUCACAUAACCUAUCAACCUAUCUUUGGCGGAGACAUGAGAGUACUGGGCAGCUCGCAGACCUUGAGGAAGCUAUUCGCGUUUCGCAAAAUGCCAUUGACCCUGUUAUGAUAAAUCAUCCCCACAGGGCUGGGCAUCUGAUCCAUCUUGGGCAGUUGCUGAGGCACAAAUUUGCUCGCGCUAAAGCUAUCAAAAGUUUCAUAAUGUUCUUCGUAAUGAAGAAGCUCGAUCUCGUACCAGACCUCUAUUGUCUAAAGACUAUAACUACUUGCAAACAGUAUGGCCUCUAUCUAGAGCCUUUACUGAGUGGCCUCAAUCUGGAACAAUUGCUAAAUGAGAUCAAUAUUGUGGGUUCGCUGGAUAUUACUUUGCCUUCACCGGAUGAGAUCGAGUUGGAAUUAUCCGGUGCGAUCAACAUAGAGCAUCUGUUAGAUGAGAAAAAAUUAGAUGAUUUGUUACAUCAUCUCAUUCAAGAGCGUUUCCUGGCUCGUUUGGAAGGAAUUAUAGACUUCAAGUUGACUGAUGUCGAUACCAUGGCAGUCAUACAAAACGCCCGGCAAUGCUUUAUUGAUGCUCUAUACCAUGAGCCAGCAGACGUUCUGACUCGAUUUCAAGCUGGUCGAGAGGCUAUGCUAUCACCUGACUUUUUGGAAGAACCCAAAGCAUAUGAUAUUGCCAGAUACACAAUCGAUUUCAUCCCAUUACUCACGUCUCGCUCUCUUCAAAACUCUGAUAAACAACAUGUUUUGGCCAAAGUUGUUGGGACCUCAUCAAGGGCAGCAGCUAUUGCUUUGCACACAUUAUCCGUUGACCGAGGCCCCAUUGCUGCCGUCGAAUGCCUUGAAACAGGUCGCGGAGUUAUCGGAAGAGCUGUCUUUGAGCAAUACGACUUAAAAUCUCUCGAAAAAUACCAUCCAGAUCUGGCGCAUUCUUUCUUGGUCCUGCGAGAUCGAUAUGACCAGUCGGCUCCACGGCAUCCUGUCUUAGAGAUAAAUAAAUCCAUUAUGGAGGCCGAGAUCGAGGACAACAGGCGCCACAGAUCAGAAAAAGAUUUUACCAACCUUCUUGAUACAAUCCGGGCAAAAAUGAAUUUUGAACACUUUCUUCUUCCCGCAUCAGAGAUCGAUAUGUUACAAGCAGCAACCUUUGGGCCGAUCGUAAUUCUAAACUGGAGCACUUUUCGCUGCGAUGCUUUGGUUAUUGGACAGUCAGGCCUUAGAAGCAUACCACUUCCACAACUCUCUGGAGAUUUUGUGUCUGAGACUUUGACAAACGUACAUUCCAAAGAUCCGGAGUCUCUUGAAACACUUUCUUGGCUCUGGGAUAAUGCUGUAGGCCCCGUGCUUGAUGCUCUUGGUUUUACUAGCACUCCAUCAGACGGCUGUUGGCCUCACAUAUGGUGGAUACCUACAGGUCCCCUUAUAAAACUUCCGCUGCAUGCGGCUGGGCAUCAUCUGAGGCGGAGUGGAGAGACAACACUCGAUCGAGUCAUUUCAUCAUACGCUACAUCCGUUAAGGCAAUUAUCCAAAGCCGCAAACGAAGUGCGCCAGUAGCAGCAAAGCCUCUGAGCCUUGUUGCUGUCGCUAUGGAUAAGACGGAGGGGUUUGCACCACUAUUGCACGCAAAUCGUGAGGUCGAUGCUGUACUAGAUAUACUGGAGUCGAAGGCAGAUUGCAGACGGCCUCAGCAACUCAAAACCGAUGUGAUGUCGGCUAUAGAGAACUGUCAAAUAUUUCAUUUUGCUGGCCAUGGCAGAACCCACCCCACAGAUCCGCUACAAAGUGCGUUACUUCUUGCAGAUUGGCAAGACGAACCGUUUACAGUAGCAAGUCUGUUAGAAACGAAUCUCGGCCUAAAUUCCCCGUUUCUUGCAUACUUAUCAGCAUGUGGGACUGGCCAGAUAUUAAACGACCAUGCUGCGGAUGAAAGUAUCCAUCUGGUAAGUGCUUGUCAACUGGCUGGAUUUCGCCAUGUCAUAGGCACUCUCUGGAGCGUCGAUGACGAGCUUUGCGUUGAUAUGGCUGAGAUGGUAUACAAAUCUUUAUGUAAAGGGUUUGAAGAUGAGUCUGUGAGUUGGGCCCUUCACGGUGCUGUUAGGACACUUCGAGACCGAUGGGUCGAUGCAUUAGACCAAAGAAGCAGGUCUGAAGACAGGGCAGCGGAUGGACUGAGAGAAGGACGUCAUGCGCAACUGGAUGAAGAGGAAGAGCUGGGUCGGCCGCUUUGGAUACCAUACGUCCAUUAUGGAGCUUGA